AUGGAUGCCGGUUUUGUAGCAACGGUAGCGUUGGUUUAUGCAAUGUCUCGCAGGAGGCCACGUAUAGUGCGUCGCUGUUGGGUACAUACAAUACUCAGAAAACGUCUGCAAUGGGGGGAAUACCACGUUCUUGUCCAAGAGCUCCGCCUGGAUGGUGUACUGUUUCAGCAGUACUUCAGGAUGAGCAAAGACGCGUUCGACGAGUUGCUCGGAAAAGUCGGUCCACUGAUUGCAAAGGCAGACACCCGUAUGCGUUUGUCAAUCGGACCCGCCGAGCGACUCGCCAUCUGCCUACGGUACCUGGCAACCGGUGACUCGUACAGGACCAUAGCAUUCAGCUAUCGGGUCGGGCAUGCAACAGUGGCUGUCAUCGUCAAGGAGGUUGCGGGUGCCAUCUGGACCGCGCUGGUCGAGGAGACCAUGCCGGUACCACAGACGGAGGACUGGAGAGCCAUCGCUGCUGGGUUUCAGGAGCGCUGGAACUUUCCAAAUUGCGUUGGUGCCAUUGAUGGGAAGCACGUGGUGAUCCAGGCUCCGGCAAAUUCUGGGUCCCUCUACUUCAACUACAAGUCCAGCCACUCCUUGGUACUGCUGGCUGUCGUGGAUGCUGAGUACCUCUUCAGGGUAGUGGAUGUCGGAGGUUUUGGAAGGAGCAGCAACGGUGGGAGCCUGCGGAAUUCCGCUUUUGGAGAGAGCCUCAGAGAUGGCAGUCUGCAGCUACCACCUGACACCGUCCAUCCCAGGAGCAGAGCGGCUGGCCUUCUUCCCCAUGUGUUUGUUGGAGAUGAGGCUUUUCCGCUGCUGGACAACCUGCUGCGUCCGUUCCCUGGACUGGAGAUGUUCCGGCGUGUCAUCACCACCAGCCCGGAGAGUCGAGUGAUGAAGCUCCAACCCUGCGCGAUGUGCACCUAUGAGGGCUCAAACAACGCCACACGCCGAUCCAUCCAACUGCGGGAGACCUUCUGCUCCUAUUUGAAUGAGGAGGGUGUAGUGUCAUGGCAGCAUAAAGUGGUGUAG